AAAGAUUGCUUCGACGCCUAUAGAAAAGCAACGAACGUAAACCUUCCGUAACAGACAAAUGAAACAGCCUGCUCUCAACUGAUUUCCACAGACAAACGCGACAGAUAACCCGCAACUGACUCACACAAAGCUGAAAUGGAUACAGUCACCACUCACUACGACACCCUAGGGGUGACCCAAGCCGCUGCACCCGCUGUCAUUCGGGGCGCUUACAAGGCGCUGGCGCUUUUGCACCAUCCAGACAAAACUUUGCGCCUGCCUGCAGAGGAUCGCGCGACACAUUCUUCGCUAUUUCGAAGCGCCCAGGAAGCUUUCGACGUCCUCAAUAACCCGUCCGCAAAGGCAGCAUACGAUCGCAAGUUGCAACGGGCCAGCCGCUCUAAUUCCCAUAGCCAUGUCCAUUCACCAACCACUUCGCGCCGGCCCAACACCAUCCAUGUAACUUCUCCCGAAGAGAAGCGCGCUUUGAAGGUCAAGAUCGAACAAGACAUUGCAUACCUUCGGGAGCGAAGAGCCAAGCGUGAUCUGGAGGACGCUCAUAUGGAUAUCGCUGCUUUGAAGUUCAUGGCUCAGACCGACGCAGAGAUGGCCGCCAAGUACGAUGAAGAUGCACUCGGUCACGGACAUUCGCGAGCCUACCGCGCUACACAGAUGCAGGUGUACUUGGAGAAGAUUGAGAAGCGUGAGCGCAAGCACGAAGGAUGGCUAGAAAAUAUGGCACGCCCCAGGGCGCCUGGCAUGAAACCUGAGCGCCCACCGACUUCGUAUAAUAUUCGUACCGCUGCGCCCUCUCCGAAGCCAGCAUACAAUGUUCGCACCGCUACACCGAUGCCGAAGCCAGCUAACAUGGAGGAAUAUACUUGGAUUUCUUUUGAACCCUUCUGGCUUUACCAAUACUAAAAUUACGAUUAUGUAGAUGCCUUCCUGCCUGAUCUACGUACGUGUCUCUAAUCAAGCGAAAUCAGGCACCAUGGUCUGUAGGCUCAACAUCAGCUCUUUAGAACAUAAUUAGUACUCAAAGCC